CUUGCCCUCCUCCUUUUCCCCAAGGUUGCCUUGAGUGCCAUGCCCUUCAACGCUAUAGAAUUAUCUUCUGUUGCCAUUGGUGGCCGUGUCCUCAGCGUUUCUGAUGAUUUCUUUGCAGAGGCUUAUCAUUUACUGCUUGUAGAGCCGGCAAUCAGCCUCAAGGGUCAAUUUGGACCCAACGGCGCUCUCUACAGUGGCUGGGAGUCCAGGAGGCACAAUCCAGAUCACGAUUGGUGCAUUAUACAACUCGGUACCCCAGGCUCAAUUGUCGGUUUUGACAUUGAUACAUCGCAUUUUAAUGGCAACGAGGCACCCAGGGCGUCGGUUGAUGCCUUCCGAGGUGAUGCGGACGAAUCUCCAUCCAAAGAUGAUUCCAGGUGGAAAGAGCUCUUAGCGCCCGUCGACCUUGGACCCAAUGCACACCAUCUGGUCCCCAUUCCUCGGUCAGAACCUGUCAAUUUUGUCAAGCUUAAAGUGUAUCCAGAUGGUGGUAUUGCGCGAUUCAGGGUCUACGGACACGUUGUACUCGUGAUCCCGCAAGAUCCGACACAUGUCUUUGACCUUGCCCAUGUCUUUGCAGGGGGCUCAGUUGUUGAAACAAGCGACCAGCACUUUGGUGUAGGCACUAAUCUCAUUCUCCCUGGCAGAGGUAAAGACAUGGGCGAUGGGUGGGAGACGAAACGUAGUAGAGAAAAAGGACACAAGGAUUGGGCCAUCCUUAAGCUGGGCAUCCCAGGAUAUCUGCAGUCCAUGGAGAUCGAUACCGCUCAUUUCAAAGGGAACUUCCCGGAGAGCUGCGAAGCACAUGCCUCGUUGGAUUCAAAGGAAUGGACGCUAAUACUGUCAAGAACUAAGCUUGGACCGCAUCGACAGCACUAUUUCCAGCUCCAGAACGUCCAGGGACAGGCAUAUACUCACGUCCGUGUGACCAUCCACCCAGAUGGGGGUAUAAAACGGGUAAGGCUUAUGGGGUCCCGUUCCCCGUCUUCCGUCCCCGCAAACCCCAGUAUAAACACAGCCACCCCCACCUCCACAAUUCCAGUCCUUCCCCUGACUCCCGAAGCAUUUGCACCGUUUGGGAACGUAGUCCAGGCCUAUCAAGACCAUGCUGCAGUCCCCAAGGACGUCACAGUCACCCCCGCCAAUGGUGGUACCGCAACAAAGUUCCACAAGUUGGCACUGCUGGAAAAUCGAUACCAAGACAACUUGGGUGCCACUACCGGUCUGUCCGUCUAUCGUUGCAAACCGCUAACUGUGCACGAUGGAAAGAUCAAGGUGAACGUGAUGGAACGACAUCGAUAUACAAAUCAGGCAUUCAUUCCAAUGGCCACCGCCAACGGAACAGGAUACCUAGUCGUCGUUGCAAAUGGAGGAGAUAAACCAGAUAUGAAGACUUUGAGAGCGUUCUUGGCACGACCCGGACAGGGCAUCGUGUAUGAUACCGCAGUAUGGCAUCAACCAAUGACCGUUCUUGGAGACCAAGUAGUGGAUUUCACUUGCGUGGAGACGCAAAUCGGCAACGGCAACAUCGAGGAUUGUGAAAUUGUAGAGCUAGAGGAAGACGAUGCAGUCUGUCUGAGACUCUGACGACUGCUUACAGAGUAACUAGAUUUUAGCGUAUCAAUAAUGUUUGCUUUCAACUUUGCUUUGGUGAGGUACAUAACUUGUCGAGUUGCAUAGAAGCAAACGAUAACAUACAAUGACAGCUUA